UGUGGUAAGUGCGUCUUCUGAGACUGAAAGUACAACAUCAUGGCGGAGCUAAAGAGAUAUGGGUGUGACUGGGCUCUAGAGCCAUUCCCAGAUAGAUGGAGAAAGAGUCAGCUGCAGAUAUUUUAUCCCAUUUUUUGGAUCGCGCUCCUCUUCCUACUCAUGGGACUAGGAGCCUCUGGAAAGGAAACAUCCCCUAGAGUGCUGUCAGGAAUCCUAGGUGGUUCUGUGACUUUCCUGCUAAACAGCUCAGGGGAUGAAGAUAUUGAGCAUGUUGCGUGGAGCUUUCCCCCAAAGAGUCUUGCUUUAGCACUCUCCAAAGGCGAUAUAUUAAUUCUGGACAAAGAAUACAAUGGCCGACUCAAGAUCAGCAACGGCAGCUACUCCUUGUGCAUGACCAACUUAAAAAAGGAAGAUUCGGGAUCCUACCAUGCUCUGAUAAGCAAGAAGAAUUCUGUCGUCAGCACAGUGGAAAAUUUCAUACUGCACAUCUAUGAGCAGCUAAAGGAGCCUCUGGUGUCCGUGAAAUCUGUCACCUCAUCUGAGAAUGACUCCUGCAUCGUCACCCUGAUAUGCAUGGUGAAUGGGACAGAGGACGAUGUCCACUACAGCUGGGCCCAAAUGGACACCCAUUCUAAUGAAUCCCAUGGCAGCCACAUCCUCACCGUUUCCCUGAGUGCCUGUGACCCGGACCUACCAUAUACCUGCACAGCCCGGAAUCCAGUCAGCCAGAGCAGCUCCCAACCUGUCCGUGUCUGGCCGUUCUGUACAGGAGCCUUCAGAAGGAAGACAGUCGGGGAGACCGUAGUAGGGAUCCUAGGAGAGCCAGUGACGCUCUCCUUGGCAUCUCUGGCCAGUCAAGACACCAGGAAUGUUGUCUGGCUGUCUAACACAUUGAUUAUCAGCAAAGAAUGGAAAGGAGCAGCAACAGCCGAUCCUCGCCAGACACUCAAAGAUCCUGAAGAAAAAAGAGUGAGGAUCUCUGAGGAGGACUACUCCCUGAAGAUCAGCCAGCUGAAGAUGGAGGAUGCUGGCCCCUACCAUGCCUAUGUGUGCUCAAAGGCCUCCAGAAACCCUAGUGUGAAGCACUUCACCCUGCUCAUCUACAAGAGACUGAAGGAGCCCAGUGUCACCCAGAGUCCUGUGCAUAUGAAGAAUGACAUCUGCAGUGUCACCUUGACCUGCUCCGUGGAAGAUGGUGGAAACAACGUGACCUACACAUGGAUGUCCCUGCAAAAGAAAGUGGAUAUGUCCCAAAGGAACUCACACCUCAGCAUCUUCUGGAAAAGUGGUGAACGUCUGCCGGACUUUACAUGCACAGCCCAUAACCCUGUCAGCAACAGCUCCAGCCAAUUUUCUUCUGGGACCAUCUGUUCAGGUCCUAAGGGACACAUGAAGCUUUGGAUCCUGCGCCUCCUGGGUAUCAGUCUUUUGCUCUUGGGGAUGCUCGGCGGUUGCUAUAUUUUGAAGCAAAAGAAACAGUGUAAGUGUUCUAGAAUAACUUUACCCACCCUGAGGAGCCUUUGUGUUUGCAAACUAUGAAGGCUUCUAAAUCCUCCCAUAAGCCC